GUCUGGUCCGCUCGUAAAAAAUGAAGUUCAACUUCACGGAGGGUACAAUUUCACACUGCAGUUCAUUAGCAUGCCUUGUUUGCCACCAGAAGGAAGAGCAAAAAGGGGGGUGCGGGCAGAGCCGUGAAACACGCAAGACGGGGAAACACCACCGCCUUCUUCGGGGGCAACGAGUGCACUUCCGCGACCCCAGGCCGCAGGUCCUUCUAUUGACUAUAUAUAAAUAUGGCUUUCUUCGGUUAUAAUACAGUCUUAACUCUUGGCCGGACAAGAUUCCUUAGCCAUUUAAUCCAUCCAGCCUGUGUUCCUUAUUUCCCAUCAAUUGCGUUUCAUCACUUGCCAGAUUCCCAUUUAAACAAAACAAUUAUGAAGAAUUAUGGAAGCAAGACAUUCUAUCUUAGUCAUUCAGGCUAUAAAGUGCCUCAUGUACGCACUAGAAUCAUACAGAAACUACACACAUCAACCUGCUGGCUGCAAGAGGUCCCGGGUAAACAUCAGCUAGCGCAAACUUCCAAAAAGCCACAGGUGUCAAGCCUUGAGCCAACAAAAGAAACUGGCAUGAAGACUAAGGAAGCAAAGCGGUCUCUUAGACAAAAAAUUGUGGAUGAAUUGAAAUAUUAUUACAAUGGAUUCUCUUUGCUUUGGAUUGACACCAAAAAUGCUGCCAGAAUGGUUUGGAACCUGUUGCAUGGACAGGUGCUGACCAGACGGGAGAGACGAAGGCUGUUGAGAACUUGUGCUGACAUCUUCCGCUUGGUUCCAUUUAUGGUAUUCAUAUUUGUACCCUUCAUGGAAUUCUUAUUACCAGUGUUUCUGAAACUCUUCCCAGAGAUGUUGCCAUCAACUUUUGAAAGUGAAUCUAAAAAGGAAGAAAAACAGAAAAAGACACUGGCUGCAAAGUUGGAAGUAGCAAAAUUUCUUCAGGAAACAAUUACAGAAAUGGCGUGGCGGAAUAGGGCCAAGUUGGGUGAUGCUUCCACACAGUUCUCAUCCUACAUCAAACAGGUUCAGACGGGCCACAAACCCAGCACCGCGGAGAUUGUACGUUUUUCCAAACUGUUCGAGGAUCAGCUAACUCUGGAGCAUCUAGACCGAUCUCAGCUUGUUGCCUUGUGCAAGCUGCUAGAACUGCAGUCCUUUGGAACCAACAAUUUACUCCGCUUCCAACUCCUGCUGCAGCUGAAGUCGAUAAAAACAGAUGAUGAAGCAAUUGCCAGAGAAGGUGUGAAUACUUUGAGUGUGUCAGAGCUACAGGCUGCCUGUAGGGCCCGGGGGAUGAGGUCCUUGGGUCUCACUGAGAAACAAUUGAGACAAGCGCUCACAGAGUGGCAGCAUCUCCACCUGAAAGAGAAUGUACCUCCUUCUCUUUUGCUCCUGUCACGAACAUUUUACCUGUUAGAUGUGAAGCCAAAGCCAGUUGAGAUACCACUACCUAGGCAGACAACAGACAUUCCCUUGGAAUCACUUACCCCCCCUGCACCGAAAGAGAACUUGGUGGAUGGAUCACCUCAACCAAAGGGAUCCAAGGAUGAAGAACUCAGGCAAGUGCCACCAGUUACAUCACCACCCAUCACAUCAUCUGUCACUAUUUCAUUACCUAAAGAAUCCAUCGCUUCUGCUAAGCAAGCUGCCGCGGCACAGAAGACAGUCCAGAACAGCAAGGCUGAUUCCAAAGGCACCUAAGGUCUGCUGGAGGUGAUGCGUUCUCUUCACCUGCCUGUGCUGAAGCAGUGAGAGCCGGA